AUGUCUGAAAUUUACAAACUCAUUCAUCCAGUUAAAUAUUUUAAUGAUUAUAUAUCACGCAACGUUCGGCCAGACGGUAGGAACUUCUACGAACAUCGAAAUAUAAAGUUAAAUGUUAAUUCAAUUCAAGCUGCAGAAGCAAGCGCAGUUGUAAAAUGUGGAAAUACUACAGUUAUUUGUGGUAUUAAAUUGGAGCUGGCUACGCCAAAAGCUGAAGAUCCUGAUGCUGGGUUUUUGGUCACUAAUGUCGAAUUACUUCCUUUAUGUUCCUCAAAGUUCAGACCAGGCCCACCUUCAGACUAUGCACAAGUUAUUAGUAACAUAGUAUCUGAUAUAGUUAUUAACUCUCAAUGUGUUGAUCUUAAAGACCUUUGCAUAAUUUCUGAUAAAUUUGCCUGGGUUUUGUAUUGUGAUAUUGUCUGUAUAGAUAAUGAUGGCAGUCUAGUAGACGCUUGUAUAAUGGCACUAAUUUCAAGCCUCAAGACAUUAUCACUUCCAACUGUGUCAUAUGAUGAAGAAACUGAGAAUAUAAAAGUUGAUACUAAAGUGAGAACACCAUUAAAGGUAAAUGGUUUACCAGUUGCAACAAGUUUUGCAAUAUUUCCAUUUUUUGAAAGGAGUAUUUUGUUAACUGACCCAUCGGCUUAUGAAGAAGAUAUGUGUGGGGGAAAUGGUGCCAAUUUCAUAGUGUGUUGGAACAAAGGAUUUCUCUGUGGAACACAUAAAUUUGGGGGCAGCAGUCUUUCUAUUGAAGAUGAAAAAGAGGCCCUAAAAAUAGCUAAACAAAGAACACAGCUUGUAGAGAAACUAAUUGAUAUAUGUAUACAAAAUGAAAAUAUAGAGCAA